CGCAGCACGCGUGCACUGACUGCGCUUUGAGACGACAAAGAAGGUCGGCCAUCGCACAGCUGAUUCCCGUUUUGGGACUGAGUGAAACUUGCGAAAAUGCGUGGACUUUGCAUCUGCCUUGUCUUUCUCCUUGUUUGCGGUCUUGUAUCCGCCACGGCUGCCGCCCCGGCUGAAAGUGAGGUGGCUCACCUCCGUGUUCGUCGAGGCUUCGGAUGCCCACUGAACCAAGGCGCCUGUCACAACCACUGCCGCAGCAUUCGGCGCCGAGGCGGCUACUGCUCUGGCAUCAUCAAGCAGACCUGCACCUGCUACAGGAAUUAAUGCCUCCGCAGACGUGACCCGACUUCCCCGCAAGCUUUCCUCAAGCAAUAUUUGCUAGCUGCGUUUACUGCCGCGCUUCGUGUGCUAAUGAAAUAUUAACCCCGGAAUACUUGCAGAAUGCAAGGUCCACGUUCGGCAGUAACUACGAUUUCGAAUAUCCUGCUACUAACUUUGGGGCAUCCGCCAAUGGGAGAAGCUCACACGCGCGUUUUAUGUUAGCAAGCUUACAACGCUACUGCGACUCCAUGUUUCCGAAGCGCUUUGUUGACGUAAACAUUUUCAAGAAAGAGAGAAUGCAUAAUAAAAAUGGUUAUGCUUUCA